GUUGAUUUAUUUGCCUAGUGGUCAAGUUUGAUGACUCCCAAACGUUAAAAUCCCUUAGUACCGGUAAUGGCAGGUGAUGGAUAGUGUUUGGAAAUGCUGUCUUUUACCGGUUUCAUGCCACAAAUAUAUAUAAUAAGGCACUAGAAAAAUCAAAUCAAUCAACUAAAGUAAUGUAACACCCUCACAAGCAUGUAGAACUCAACUGCAUUUACCACUUCUAUGAAAAUGUUGAAACACCAUAACAGGAAAAGACCAGUGAUAAUUUAGGGUUCAUCUACGUCUAUACUUUCCAUUUUAAUCUUUGACAGUGCCGGAGGUAUAUGUCACUUGGCAGCCCGGGCGCCUGUCAAUAGUGGUUACCAUGGUGAUGGCGUCCCCGGCUCAGGGCCACGGAUGCCUCACUCACGAGCUCUUCCCAAAUUCAUUCUAUAACCGCGUAUUAAGACUGCUAUGGAAGAAGCAAGGAACGAAAUCGAGUUUAAUUCAUGAACGUGUGAGAAAAGACACCAUAGUUACUACAUAAGUGAGAAAAAGGGCCCCACCUUUACACCUUACGGCCACAAUACCUCGAAGUCUGAUGUUACUGAAAAGAUCAUGAUAGAAUAAGCGAUUUGAGAAAGCUGCGUGCCGUCCUAAUCCUCCUCAACUAACAGGAUAAUAAAGUCUGCAGUAUCUCGUGUCAGAAGUGUCCAACGUCGGUGCAGUCCUCAAGAUUUCAAUAAUUCGCCACAGAAGAGAUCGAGGCCAUCUUCUAACGCCCCUCCCUCGUGAUUCAGCGGCUACAGAAAGUCAAUACUUCCCUAAACGACACUUUCCUUCAGGUUGAGUGCCCGCAGAGUCACUUAAUCCUCCUCCUCCUCUUCCUCAGUGCUCAAUUCCACCCAAUAGGCCUUCCUCGUCUCCGUCCUUCGCCUCCACUUCGAUGUUUAUCCCCAGUGAACUUCUUCCACCUUUUCUAGCUUCCCCUCCACUUUCCCUUAAACAGCUACAAAAUCACAUGAAGCACAACUAGAAGGGGUGAAAAAUGAUCCUCACUAAAUAUUUUUCCUCGAACGGUCUCUGAACAAAAUAUUUUCAGGCCUCAAAACUAUAAAUCACCGCGGAAUCACAACAAACAGAAGACAGAAGGGCUAUAAAGUAAAGAAAUCCUCUUAUAUUAUCGUCUUCAGCCAGUUAAUUAGUUGCUUCCGUGAUCCAACAACCCCCUGCAGGCCUCAACAUGGCUCUGCUAGCUCGGGAACGGAGAAUAUCCCGCUCAGCUUUCACCAGGGACUAUUACCGGCCCAGCCCCGCCCUUGUCACCUCCUCCGCCGCCGCCUCCUCCAUCACCGGGAAGCAUGAGCGGCCCCCAGCCCCUGCAGUACCCCCAAGACGCCCAGGAGAGGUUAGUGGGGAAGCAUGGGUGCCGCCGCCGCCCAUCAACCCAAGUGUGUGGCGCGCCUCACACGCUGCACGCCUUCACCACGCCCACGCCUGCUCGUCCACGGCCCAGCGCACCAGGGAGGAGAACAAGCGUGUGUGCGAGGAGACGGAGCGAUUGACAGCAAGCCAUCGCAGCGAGGUUGAGCGUCGCCUCGAAGACAGGAUCGGUGAUGUCACGUUCUGGAGGGAAGAAAUGUCCUCCCGCCACGCCGAGCUGGACCAAGACACCGCCAAGCUGAAGGUGCUGCGGGAGAGGCUGCGGAAGGCUCACCACCUGUACCUGGAGCCCCUUGAAGUGGCCCUCAAGUGCAUCGAUAUAAGGCGUGAGCGCAUUGGGGUAGAGGAGGUGGAGGACGAGGUGGCCACGGCGCUGCGGCAGGAGGUGGAGGAGCUGGGCAGGUGUCGCGCCGCCCUCGCUGAUGGCCUGACGGACACCGAGCAUCAGCUUCGCCGCGUCCUCGCCUGCCGCCACCACCUCCAACAAGACCUGAUGGACAAGGACGCCGCCCUCAAGGUAGAGAAGAGCACGGCGAGACUCACACCCACGGCCCCGCCCACCACCAUCAUCCCGGCUCAGAAGAUCGAUCCCAGUCCCGUGUCGGUGGAAGGCUGGAAAGGGACGGGCGAGAAGUUGCUGUCGAGGGCUGACCAAGAACACCAGCUGGCAGAACAGGUUCUGGACGCUGCUGAAGACCUGCUGGUGGCCACGUCGCGUCACCUACGGCAGCGCCUGGAACACACGGACCACUGCCUCAGGGAACGCAUCGCGGACACUCGACGAGCCAAGACCCUGCUGGAGGAGGAGCACGCGAAGGUGGUUGAGGAGGAGAGGCAGUUGGAGCAGAGUCUGACGGAGGUGGAGGACCAACUGGAGGCCAAGAGGGGUCCACUCGCACUCGUCCAGACGCGCCUGUUCACCCGCGCCCGAAGACCCAACAUGGAAAGGACCCGGGACGAGGUGGAGGACGCAUUAUUACGUGAGGUUGAGGAGCUGGAGCUAACUAUCUCCCGCCUCUCCUCCGCCGCUGACAUCUCCCGCACGGAGCUGCAGAAUCUGAGGUCUGCUAAAGUCAGCCUGGAGCAUGACAUCAACCUGAAGGCAAAGACGCUUCUGCUAGACGAAGUGAAGAUCGUUGGUCUUCGAAGUGCUGUUACCAUUGAUACACAUUGAUGGAGAUGCUACAAGGAGGAAGCUCACGAAGAAAUGGACAUGCUAACGGACCCUUUACACCGAAUCUGAAACCUUGGACAUACAGUUGCAAAAAAAAAUCACCGUCCAAAAGAGAGACCGCAGGAGUGGUUUGGUCGACUGGCAGCGGCAACAGCAGACUCGCUCCAGAUAGUCACCAUAGCAACGUAGUGGUAGUGAUGACUAAGUAAUGUGAUACGUAACCAGACAACGCCCAGGAACUCUCAAGCAUUGCACAACCACCACGAAACCGAUUAAUUUGGCUUAUAAUCGAGAGGUCCCAGGCUCGAUUACCAGUGCUGCCAGUGUGAGAGAUAGAUCCCGUGACCUGUGACAUGCUGCCCUCACGCUCGAGUGGUUUGGUGGUGGUGCUGCUGCUGGCAACUCUGUUCAGCACAGGUGCCGCACUCCGCUGCUACAUCGGGACGGAGACUAACGCCGCCAUCGAUUGCAUAGGAUCAUGCCUCAAGACCUCCAUGAUAGACGACGAGGACUGGGUGAUGCGUUCGUGCUGGCCAUCGAGGAAGGACGACCGCUGCGAUGUGACCAGCAUGGUUGUGCAGACGGAGUCGUGCUACUGCAAUACUGACUACUGCAACGCCUCCUCUCCCUCCUCUCUCCCGUCACUACUCCUCCUCGCACCCAUCAUCCUUUCCUUCCUCCUUCGCCAUGUCUACUAGCUACAAUGUUAUGCCUUCUUCCGUCUUCUUUCCCUUUACUGUUGCAACUUUUUCUCUCUCCCUCAUAACUUCCCCUCCCGUCCUAAAUCCUGGUACCAAUCCUCUUCUCUUUCCUCCUCUUUCACGUCUGUUGGCUAUAAUGUAAUGCCUUCUUCUGUCUUCUCCCUUUGCUAUUACUACUGCUAAAGCUCGUUCCCUUCAAUCAUGUCUACUGUCUACUUCCUACUACUACUAUUACCACUACUACUUCCUUUUACCACCUCCCUUCCUUCCCCUCCUCUCUUUCCUACCCUCUAGUUACAUCACUACUCCUUAUGCUUCCUUCAACUGUUCGUCCAUCUAUUUGGUAACCCUCUUGUACGUCUGUCUCGCUUCUUAUCUCGUUCUUAUCUCUGCAUCCGUUUAUUUUAUUUUCCUGAAGUUCUGAUACGUUUCUCACACAACAAUAUAUUCAAGAGUUUGUAGUGUUUAAGGAGGAGUAAUUUUCCUUUUUGUGCAUUAGACAUUUUUUUAUACUACCAAUUAUACUGCAUGAAAAAUAAAAGUAAAAAGAAAAAAAAAGGU